AUGUAUACCCAAUACAAGCUAUUAGAUUUGGUGGAGGGGAAGGAGAAGAUGCCGGAGGCCGCAGAGCUGAAAGGAGCGUGGAUGAAGCGAUCGUUCGACGCGUACAUGCUCAUGGCUUGGAGGAAGCUUCUGGAUGUGCACUCACCGACACAUGCUACCGGCAUCUUGCUACUCGCGCGGCGGCUGCGCGACAUCAAAUUCGUUGAUGGAGAGCCGAUGCAACCGGUGUUGGAUGAGAUGCGCGACAUCUUCACGAAGCUCCAAGGAGGCGGUGUGGUGUACCCGGAGCUCGUGCAAUGCGUGGAGAUCGUGAUACGGCUGCCGGAGUCAUGGUCUGCCCUAGCAAUCAACCUCAACUCCCAACAACCCCAAUGGAGCGUGGAUUAUAUUCGCGCGCGCAUCCUAGAGGAGGACCUCCGGCGGCGGAGUGUGGAGCGCUCGGAGGAGGGGGCUGGCUAUGGAGUUGGAGGUGGAAAGAGUGGCUUCAAGAAGAAGUGGAAAGGGCAAGAACAAGGAUAA